UUUUUGGUUUUCUAUAAAUCCUCUUCAAUCUCAGCCCCACCCUAGAGACCAACCACAUCUUCUUCAUUUUUUUCAAAUCUCUCAACAACCCUCUUUGCUGCUCCUGCUGCUGCUGCCGCCUCUCUGACUUUCAGUUUCUCUCUAUUUUCAAAUGGAAGUCAUGGGGGGCUAACUUGGCGAGUUCUAUGGCAUUGACUGGUAUUUUGGCAAUGCAUAUAGAAAGAGGGAACUCUAUAAAGUUGCAGAGCAUCACUCAUACUGCCAUAUCUAGUAAAUAUAAGCGUGAGUUUUCUGGCAUGGACUUUGAAUCAGAUUGGACAAGACACAGAAAGUCCUCUGCAUUUGCUGCUCAAGUGAUCCGUUCUGCAACUUCCUUUAUGCCUUGGUCUUGCAGAAUCCCAAUUAGUAAAGGAUAUCACGAAUUUCUUUAAUUGAACUCAAUCAAGUUAUUGGACUGUUUGAGCAAUACUGUUGAAGAAGAACAGUCGUCGUUGUACAUGAUUUAAUUGGUUACUUUAUUUGUAUAAUGCCUGGAUUCAUUUCUGGAAAGAAGAGGUUCACAGAAAUAAACAUGUGCAUCAUCAACACUGUUAAAAAGAAUUCAGUUAGUCAUUCGAAAAGCGAUACCAGAUCCUCUCAGUUUGAUUAUGAGUCUGACAAGUCUCUCUUUCCUGGUUUGCCCGAUGAUGUCGCAAAACUGUGCCUUGCCCUGGUUCCACGUUCUAGCCACCCAUCUAUGGCUGGUGUCUGCAAGAAUUGGAGGUCAUUCAUUAAAGGCAAGGAUUUCUUAACCGAGAGGAAAUUAGCUGGUGCUGUUGAGGAGUGGCUGUACUUCUUAACUAUGGAUACUGAAAGGAAGGAGUGCCACUGGGAAGUAUUUGAUUGUGUAGAACACAAAUUCCGAAUUCUUCCCCCGAUGCCUGGGGCAGUGAAGGCUGGUUUUGAAGUGGUGGUUUUGAACGGGAAGCUUCUUGUCAUAGCUGGUUAUUCGAUUGCUGACGGGACUGAUUCUGUAUCAUCUGACGUUUAUCAAUAUGAUUCUUGCCUUAACAGGUGGAGCAAAUUAGCCAAUUUGAACGUAGCUCGACAUGAUUUUGGUUGUGCUGCUGUUGAUGGAAUUGUCUAUGUGGUUGGAGGCUAUGGGAUAGAAGGCGACAAUCUAUCGAGUGCUGAGGUGUAUGACCCCGAAACUGACAAGUGGACUCUAAUCGAAAGCCUCCGCCGCCCUCGAUCAGGCUGUUUUGCAUGUGGAUUUGACGGUAAGCUGUACGUCAUGGGUGGAAGGUCGAGCUUCACCAUUGGAAAUUCGAGGUUCGUCGAUGUGUACAAUCCCAAGAGACAUAGUUGGUACGAGAUGAAGAAUGGUUGUGUAAUGGUCACUGCUCAUGCUGUAGUAGGUAAGAAACUCUUCUGUAUGGAAUGGAAGAACCAACGAAAGCUAUCUAUGUUCAAUCCAGAGGAUAAUUCAUGGAAGAUGGUACCAGUUCCAUUAACUGGUAGCUCUAGCAUUGGAUUUCGGUUUGGCAUAUUGGACGGGAAGCUGUUGCUCUUCUCUUUGAAGAACGAACCCGAAUACCGUACUUUGUUGUACGAUCCAAAUGCAGCUCCGGGUUCGGAAUGGAAGACCUCAGACAUAAAACCAUCUGGCUUGUGCUUGUGCAGUGUGACCAUCAAGGUUUGACAAUGGAAGUGUCAUUUUAGAGUGAAAGUCACUUUUUAUCCAGUUUGACUCGUUUGUUAUCUGAUUCUAAUUCAUCCUUCAUUUCUAUUAUCUGACAAUGAAUGAUUUGGUCAAUCAUUUAAAACAUCAUUUUUAUCUUAAUGAUCUAGUGGAGAAUCAAUCCUUUGAUGAUGUUUGUUUUCAAACAAGCCUGCAAUCCAGAUAGAUAGAAACUCAUGAAGCAAUCUUUACAUUGCUUCAACUUGCUGCUGCUACUCAUAGAAAAUGUAGAUUGCUGAUCAAAUCAUGUCAAGUGAAGUCGAAGGUGUCAGCUGAACCCGGUAAUCGUCUGGUCGGUUGCGGGCUAUGCAAGCCUUUGAAGUUCGAACUUAGAACCUUCUGUUUGAGAAGAUUGAUGUGUGGUAUGAUAUCCAACCCCUACUGCAGGGAAUUGAGUUUUUAGAAGCUAAUCCCAUGUUAAGAAGAUGCAUGAAAGAUUGAAAUUUGUACAUAAUAUGUAAAUAUGGUAUCUGGUGAAUGAUUAACUUU